AUGUCUGUCCACUGCUGGUACCCACCCCCACUCAGACCAGUCCAGGGGGGCACCAUAUUCGUGGCUCCAAGUGAAUGUGGCCAAGGUUUGGAAAAAGAAGGCAACCCAAAAAGAACAGCUUCAGGUUCUCCGGAUAGCCCACAAACCCCGGUGUUGCGCAUCAGCCAGCUGGAUGCCCUUGAGCUAGACUCAGCCCUUGAGCAACUGCUUUGGACCCAGUUUACUAAGUGCUUCCAGAACUGCCGCCCAGGUCUGCUCACCCCUGUGGAGUCCGAACUGAAAGUGUUGUUGUACUUGUUGGUGUGGAGGUUCACUUUGUAUUCCAACAGUGCCACGGUGGGCCAGUCUUUACUGAGCCUGCGCUAUCACAGCACAUCUACAUCAUCUCCACAGUACAGGCCUCUCUCCUCCAAGCAAAAGAUAGGACUGGCCAUCCUCACUGCAGGUCCCAGCUGGCUCCAGGAGCACUCUCACCGCCUCCUGCCAUGCUUGGGUUUGAGUUUAAGAGGCUCUGUGUCUGAAAGAGACGAAGGUUUGCUCCGGCAGAGUCUCCGCAACGCCCUGACUUUUGUUUCUGGUUUCACAAAAUUAGCGAGUCUCAUCAACUUCCUUGUUUUCUUAAGGAAUGGCCGUCAUCCUGUUCUAGCUGAAAGAAUUCUAGGCGCUCAGGCAGUUUUUAGUAAACCCAAUGUAGUUAGGGAUGUAACCUACCAGUAUAUGAACCGAGAACUUCUGUGGCAUGGCUUUGCUGAAUUCCUCAUCUUCCUGUUACCACUGAUCAACACGAGGAAACUGAAAGCAACUCUAUUUUCACUUGUGUUCGGAGGGAAACGUGCUCAUGAAGCAGCAAGAGAAGAUAAAGACCUAUGGAAAGAGUGUGGACUGUGCGGCGAUUGGCCUACUAUGCCUCAUACAGUGGGCUGCCAGCAUGUUUUCUGCUACUACUGCAUCAAAAGCAACAUCAUUGCAGACUCUUGCCUUACUUGUCCCAAAUGUGGGGCAGAAGCAGGGACACCUGAGGCAAUCAAGGUGGACGUUCAACUUGUAGGCCAUUGAUGAGCUCUUCUGCUAAGCAGGAACUAAUACAUUGAUCUAAAUCUAAGAUCGCAUUACCGAUAAAAUAAUUAGUUCAGUGUUUGCUCUGUUUUGAAAGAUUUAGUUUUUCGAAUAGAGCGGAGUGUAUGA